AAAUGGGUAAAAUAGCUGAAGUACAAAGAAAACUGCUUCAACAACUCAUGGGCGCGGAAGCCAUGGGUUUUAAAUCAGUAAACCUACACUUCACAGAUCAACAAGUUUGUAGGAACUUCCUCUGUGGCUUGUGUCCACACGAUUUAUUUAGUAAUACAAAAAUGGAUCUCGGUCCUUGUCCAAAAUCUCAUUCUGAUAAAUUGAAGAAAGAGUUCUUAGAAGAUCAAUUAAAGAACGCUUCAAAGUAUGCAGAAUUCCAUAGAGAAUAUGAGAACAACAUUAGAAACUUCCUUACUGAGUGUGAUAGACGUAUUAGGACUGCACACAAACGUUUAGAGAAGACUCCAGAGGAAAAUAACAAAACAACGGCUUUGAUGAGAGAAGUUGGUGAAAUUCAAGCUGCUAUGGAUCAAGCUAUGAUUGACGUUGAAAAACUCGGUGAAUCAGGUUUAGUUGAGGAAUCUAUGAAGGAAUUACAAAAAGUAGAAGCACUCAAACAAGAAAAGAUCAACAAAGAACAGGAAUUAACAGAUCUCACUGAAACUUCAGGUGCAUCCGGUCAUCAAAAGUUACGUGUUUGUGAUAUUUGUGGUGCAUACCUGAGUAUUUUGGAUAGUGAUAGACGUUUAGCUGAUCACUUUGGUGGUAAGAUGCAUCUUGGUUAUUUCGAAUUAAGGAGAAUUAUCGCAGAAAUUUCUGAAAAUCGCGCAAUCCAACGUAGAAAACAACAAGAGGAGGCUGAUCAAGAUAGAGAAUAUAAAUCACAGCAACCAGAAAGGGAUCAGCAAACUGAUGAUAUCAAUAUUAGCAGUAGUUUAUAUGAAGAUAAAGAUGCACCAUCCAAAUUGAGUCCUCCACCAGGAGAACAAAUUGACCCACGAGCUAGAAGACAAGAUGAAAGAGAAGCAAGACGUGAUGCCAGACGCGCUGAGAGAAGAGGUUCUUUUAGGAAUAGAUCAAGGUCACCUACUGCACGUGAAAGAGAAUAAUUGUUGUUGUAUUAAUAAAUAUCCUUAUUUUAAAACUAAAGUUAGUUCUCAAUUGCCAUUAUAUCAUUCUUUGAUGUAUCUAAGUCUUCUUCCUGUGUAUCAGAUGACGUAUUUAAGAUAGCUUCUCUAUUAUAUCUUAUCGCAGCUUCUUGCACUUUACGUAUUGUACCGCUAACGUGUAAUACACGGAUGCAUACAUCAUAUUCAGAGAGCGAUGUUGUUAAGGUGAGAGCAGCAUGUAACAUAUCCUUGUAUUCUCUAGCUAUUCGAAAUAUGCAUAAUCUAGUUAUAGCUGAGUGGUAUUUCAAGGAUAAGGAAUUUGCUACUGAACCAGCACCAUGAUCACCAAAGUUAUGUGCAAUAUUCCGCCGUAUAGAUUGUAAUAUCUGUUUACCAUCUAAUCUUUUCUCUGUAUUUGGAGAAUCCUCAAAUGGAGGGCUAUCUGGAAAGAUAAUCUCUGCAAUAAUCCACCUAUUUUUGAAUCUAAC